ACCCAACAAAAGUUUCUACGUUGUAACCGAAGUACAGUGUGUAGGAGGACUCCCUGUGCAUUCGUCAUCAUGGCUAAGGCAGCAGAAGUCUUCGUUUUUGGUCUCUUGUUCAGCCUCUCGAUAUUGUUUGCGGAAGGAGCGAGUGAUACAUGCGGCGGCGCUGUUUACUCACACAUGACGGCCGAGUGUCGCGCGCCGUUCUCGAGCGUGGCGGGGCGGUGCGUGCUCCCCGUGACGGCCGUGGCGGGGUCGUGGGCGCAGAUGAGGCGCCUUUGCCGCGAGAUCGCCGGCGACAUGGUGCGGCUGAGGGACGACAACUUCGUCAAGGAGCUCUUCAUCUUCCUCCGAGACGCAGAACUCGAGGUGAACCGCUUCUGGGUGCAGAACUCGCCCUUCCACGGCGAGUACUUCCUCCGCGACGGCGCCCUGGCCAGGAUGACCUUCCCGGGCGAGGAUCCUGCAGAAGUCCUGGCCGAAGGCACUAAGGGCGAGGGAUGCCUGCUCAUGCACGUCGUCUACCACAUAUUCUUCAGGAGAGAGCCCUGCGAUCAAGCCUUACACGUCAUAUGCGAGAAGGAAGAGCAUGUCGUCGAAUAAUCCUUCCCGUCAAGUUGCAGGAUUCAUCAUGAGAGAUUCCUCACUUACUUUAUACAUUUUCCAUCUCUCUAUCUUCAUAUCGCUGUAUUUCUAUGCAACUUUAUUUCAAUUUAUACUGCAGUCUACAAUAUUCAGCCUCUCUGUUCCGUCCUUUUUCUUUAUUUGACUAAACAAUAAUAAAGCCUCAGACUAAUCAAAAUGCUAA